AUGCCUGCGCCUCCUAUGGCGAUCCUGGGGAGGUGCCAGCUGUCACCUGCUUUGGCGUUUGACCAGCGGGGCCAAACAUGCGUGCAGAGCUCGCGGAGUUGUGAAAGCGCGCCGCCGCUCGCGCUGGGUCGAGGAUGGGCUGCUACAAUUUCCGCCCUCGCCGGCGUGCCGCGCCGGAUUCCGUUGCUCGACGGAAUACUGGAGAGUCCAGGAGGGAAGGGAGCCAUCCCCUCGGAACGCCCAAAAUACGGCGCGCUUAACCUGUACCAACACCCCCAGGGAUGCGCUUUCUCGUACGGACACUGCCUCUUUGAGCUCCUCCCGGACGUCCGGAAACGGGCUACCUUCACUCUCGGCGAUUCGAUGUCCUCUUUCGACACUCCCGCCACGUGUGAGCACUUUGCCCACAUUCUGAGCGGUUUCUCCAGUGCGGACAUCCGCAGACUCGUCAACCGGAAGUUUUCGGACGCAACGGACGAAGCUUCCUUCCUGGUAGAGGCCCAGAUACAUGGACCCAUUGAGUUCUGGUGCGACAUGAAAGAGAUCCGUUACUCAAGAGCGGAACCGGCGGAAACACGCGAGCGACUAGAGGCGUUAGCAGCGGAUAACGCGUUCUCCGUUGGGAUCUUCUGA